AUGGUUACUUCCCGCGCUUGUUUACCUUGCAGAACCGCCAAGACAAAGUGCGACCUUAAGAGACCGACAUGUGGCCUCUGCUCGAGGCGUGAAAUCGCUUGUGGCGGUCAUGCGUCGGAUUCUGACUACAUGUUUCGUGAUCAAAAUGCAACGGCCAAACUCAAUUCUGAGCGAGCACGUCGUGGUAUGAAACGUGCAGCCAAUCCGCUUUGUCUUCAUGGUGCUACCAAAGACGAUGAUUUACGUGCCUUGGAUGUUGACGCCGUGCAAAGUUCUUGGCUGGGCAUUCCCAGCCCUGUCCUAUUCAGGCUCGAGGAUAGGAUAAUGGAUAUAUUCUACGCGGAAUGGGUCUCGAGACCUUGUACCAAGCUGAAGAAUCCUGGGUAUCUAGAUUUGCUUCCCGAGAUGAAAGCCAAGGCUGCUCCAGUCUCUGCGCUAAACCUUGCAGUUGAGGCUUUUGCGUUAGCCAAUGCAGGGAAUUCCAUGACAUGUCACGGAAACCUAAAGCAGAUGGCAUUGUCGAGAUACGGUGCUGCGCUGGCGUCUAUUAGAAAGGCGAUCAUGCACCAUACCCUCGUCGCCGAUGAUGCUACGUUGAUGGCGAUCAUGACUAUCGAUAUGUUUGAGGUUGUUUUUAUGGUUAGAGAAGAGCCCCUCAAACUUCAUAACAAUGCGAUCGAGUAUUUGCUUGCGGUAAGAGGAGCUAAUCAGAUUCAAUCCGACGUUGGCCUCGCCCUCUAUCGAAUGGCAAAUCAUCGCUUGCAAGUCAGACAACUCGGCCUCGGACUCGGACCUCUACCAGUGCAACUGGCCUGUAUCGAUAUACUGGAUCUGUCCACGCCAACAUAUAGUCUCAGCAAGAUGCAACUUGGAGCUCAACAAGCUCUCGCCCUAUCUCGAGAUUUCGGUUCUUUUCAUUGGGAAGAGUUGUCACAUUUGAUUUCCCAAAUCAAGAUGAAUUUGGAUGAGUAUGAGCAGUGGAAGACUUGCCUACCUGAAUCAUGGGUGCCGAAACGUAUCCGCCUUGCUGAUAGUAGCGAGGUUCUGCAGGCGUUGAUAGCACGUUCUCUUCCUUUCACAGAUUACAUCUUGGUUUACGAGGACUCAAUCAUUGCGCACCAAAUGUCCUUUUUCUACCAUGGACAACUAGCCUUGCGGUCGGCACUUAUUCAGGCUCUUUUUGCGAUGAAAAACAUGUCUCUCGAUCAACUCGACUUCGAACAGGAGAUUGAGAUACAUCGAACGGCAAUUUCAAGAAAGGAUCACUCUCUGCUAUACUCGUGGAAUAUGCUGGGCUCUUCAGCAGGAGAAGCUAGUAUCAGCUCAACACAAAGAGUUCACGUACAGACUUGA